AUGUUUAGUCAAUUAUUUAUAUUAAAUUAUAAAGGUGAUACUAUUAUCUUUAAAGAAUAUAGACAUGAUUUAAAUAGAAAUACACCUGAUUUAUUCUUUAGACAUUUAUUAUCUUUAAAAUCAGAUGUUGAACCUUGUUUUAACUUGGAAGGAAUUAAUUAUAUUUAUAUUAAAAAAAGAGAAAUGUAUUUUGUAUUUACUACAAUGUCUUUGGUAUCACCAUCUUUGGCAUUUGAACUAUUGAAUAGAAUAUCAAAGAUUAUUCAAGAUUAUACUGCAUCAUUGACUGAAGAAGCCAUUAGAUUCAACUUUACACUCAUCUAUGAACUAUUGGAUGAGAUUAUGGACUUUGGUCAUCCACAAAGUACUUCAACAGAAACUCUCAAAGCAUUUGUUUUUACUCCUCCUCAUACUAUUCAAUUAAAUCAACAAGAUUCAAUUAUUGAUAAUUUAAUUAAUACAGCAACAAAAAAGACGGUACCACAAAAAACAGCUAUAAGACCAAUUCAUCAACCAUCACAAAUUGAAACACAAGCAGAUUCAAAUGAAAUAUAUGUUGAUCUUUGGGAACAUAUAACAAUAUUGCUUGCAUCGAAUGGAAAUGUGAUUAGAAAUGAAAUAAGUGGUAGUAUUGUAAUGAAAAGUUAUUUAAAAGGAAAUCCUGUUGUAUCGAUGGGAUUUAAUCAAGUUUUAAAGAUUGGAUCACAUCAUCGAGCGGCUGGACAUACAGGUGUUAUAGUGGAUGAUUGUAAUUUCCAUGAAUGUGCUCCUGAAGGCAUCAAAGAUGAAACCAAUGUAAUGACCUUUAAACCUCCUCAAGGUGAAUUUACUCUAUUCAAAUAUCGUAUCUCUCAAAGUACCUAUCUACCAUUUAUGGUAAAUACACAUAUCGAAACACCAUCAAAAAGUAAAAUGGAUAUCGUCAUUCGUUUACGUUCAAACUUUUCAGCUCAUGUACAUUCAAAUACUAUUAUUAUUACAAUUCCUUUACCAAAAUCAACUCUUUCAUGUCAAUCAACUACAACAUCAGCAUUAAAUGCAGAAUAUAAAGGAAAUGAAAAAAUAUUACAAUGGACAAUUAAAAGAAUGAAUGGAAGUGCUGAACAUGUACUAAGGGCAUCAUUGACGGUUGAUUCAUCGUCAUCAGAGAUUUCCAAUCGAAAAGAAACCGGCCCGAUCAGUCUUGAUUUUGACAUUCCCAAUUUUAAUUGUUCAAAUAUCCAAAUCAAAGCAAUGACUAUUCAAGGUCGUGUCCCCCCAAUUAGAUGGGUUCGUUAUAUUACAGAAACUAAAAGUUAUGUUUGUAGAACUUAA